AUAUACAUCGACGCGCCUAUCUGCGCGUAUUCACAAACGGGAAAACGGCAAAGCAAAUCCGCAAAUUGUGGGGCGGAUGAAAUUAUCUGAUCAUUCUACAUUUAACUGCUGUUACUGAAACCGUUGGAGAUCUUCCCGCGGUUCUUAUCGGAAGACGAUGGAGCUUUCGGCGGCGCAGGCGGCGGUGAUGAUGUUUCUGUUAAGUCGUCUCAUCCUGUCCGCCGUGAAGGCCGCCGAAGACUUCGAUGGCGCCUCAAUCCUCCGGCGAAAGUCACAGUCACCUGUAGCUGGGCUUUGCGCUCAACUCAUCGAACCUUCUGGUUUCCCUUGCUCAGAACACAAAACACAAACAAAAGAUGGAUUCAUACUGGGACUUCAGCGUGUGUCAUCUAGCUCUGGAAAUCUCAGAAGACAAAGGGGUCCUCCAGUUCUGCUUAUUCAUGGACUUUUUAUGGCAGGUGAUGCAUGGUUCUUGGAUAACCCAAAUCAGUCCUUGGGGUUUAUACUUGCAAAUCGUGGUUUUGAUGUCUGGGUUGGUAAUGUGCGUGGGACACGCUGGUGUCAUGGCCAUGUAUCUUUAUCAGAGAAAGAUAGGGAAUUCUGGGAUUGGAGCUGGCAGGAUUAUGCUCUUUACGACGUGCGAGAAAUGAUUCGUUAUAUAUACACAGUUACAAACUCGAGAGUGUUUGUCAUUGGACAUUCUCAGGGAACAAUAAUUUCUCUGGCUGCCUUAACUCAACCAGACAUAGUAGAGAUGGUUGGAGCAGCUGCACUUCUUUGUCCUAUAACAUAUUUGAAUCAUAUCACUGCUAGAUUGCCUCUUAGAUUAGUUAAAAUGCACCUUGAUCAGAUUUUUCUUGCAAUGGGCAUUCAUGAACUCAAUUUCAAAAGUGACUGGUGUACUCGCAUCAUGGAUAUGAUGUGCGACGGACAUGUAGAUUGUGGUGACUUGCUAACUUCUGUUACAGGGAAGAAUUGUUGCUUCAAUAGCUCUCGGAUCGAUUUCUAUCUUGAAUACGAACCGCAUCCAACAUCUACAAUGAAUUUGAAUCACCUCUUUCAGAUGAUCCGUGAAGGUACUUUCGCGAUGUACAACCAUGGAAGGUGGAAAAACAUGUGGCACUAUGGCCAACUGAAGCCACCAAAAUUUGAUCUUAGCCGAAUUCCCAGUUCCUUACCAUUAUGGAUGGGAUAUGGGGGAAAUGACGCGUUAGCAGACAUUACAGAUUUGCAGCAUACUCUCAAGGAAUUACAAUCAAAGCCAGAUUUGCUCUAUCUUGAAAAUUAUGGUCAUCUAGAUUUCCUUGUGAGCACGAGAUCAAAGGAAGAUGUUUAUGACAAAAUGCUUGCAUUUUUCAACUCACUGGAACACUUAGCGGUAGUUACUGAUUAACUGCUUGGACGUGUGAACUGGACAGCCUCGAUAGUGUUAAGGAAGAAAAAAAAGUUAAAAUCUUAUUCAUUAUACUUUCUAAUAUUGUGUAUCAAAAAAUGCACAUAGGGGUAAUGUAAUUGUCUACUUAUCAUCUAAAUUUACCGUAGUAGUUAAUUUACCAUUUAAAUGUAAUUUCAUACUUUUGAUGGACUACUUGUUGCUCAGUGUCUCUACAUGAGUAUUGUAAAUAACUUUAUAAUGGUAACGGAUUAUCACCAAAUUUCAAUAAAA